AUUAAUAUAGUAUUGUCUUUGACAUUUCCAAAGAAACAUAUUUUUUGAGCAAAAAUGGCAGGAGCACAAUGUAUGAAGAAUCCACCAACCCUCAACUCAGCUUCUGGAGUUGGAGAUUUACAAGAGAUUGGAGGGCUUAGCAGCUAUGUUAGUGGAUCUAUUCAUUCCAAACUUGCAAUUCUUCUCAUUUCUGAUGUAUUUGGAUAUGAAGCGCCACUUUUGAGGAAGUUAGCUGAUAAAGUUGCAGCUUCAGGGUACUUGGUGGUUGUUCCUGAUUUCUUCUAUGGUGAACCUUUGGAUCGCGAGAAACAUGACGUACAGACAUGGCUCAAAGAUCAUGGCAUUGACAAAGGAUGUGAAGAUGCUAAAGUAGUGGUUGAAUCUUUGAAGAGUAAAGGUGUUUCCGCGAUAGGGGCAGCAGGCUUUUGCUGGGGAGGAAUGGUAGUUUCUAAAUUGGCGAAAUACGAGAGUACUAUUGAUGCUGCAGUUAUCUUGCAUCCUGGUCCUAUAACAGUUGAUGACAUAAAUGAGGUAAAAGUUCCAAUUGCAAUAUUAGCAGCUGAACAUGACCAUAUUUUCCCUCCUGACCAAGCAAAGCUACUAGGCAAUGCUUUAUCCGCGAAACCUGAGAUUGAAAGCUUUGUGAAGAUAUUUCCAGGGGUAGAGCAUGGAUGGACAGUUCGAUACAACGUUGAGGAUGAACCGGCUGUCAAAGCUGCAGAAGAAUCUCACACAGAUAUGUUAAACUGGUUUACUAAGUUCAUCAAGUGAAAACAAAGAAAGUACUAAAUUAAAACAUCAUUUUUCAGAUGAGGAGAUUGUCAUAAUUCCUCGAGGGAAGUGAAAAUAUGUCACAAUAAGUACACUGCAUUUUGCUGUUAUAAAGAUGAAAUCAAGAUUAUGGUUUUAGCUUAUGAUGUAUAUUUCUC